UUGCGGAAAUGGCAGGGAAGCAUGUCUUCUCAUGAUGUAAAAUCAACAUAAUCACAAUGAAAUCUUUUUAAAUAGUGUCCUAGCAGAAGACACAGUUAAGGAAUAACAGCCAGCGUCAUACUAUGAUCGUUUUAUUCCACAGUAACCCGCGAAAUGGAGCAGGAUGGAGCCGGAACAGCUAGCAUCGCUCACAGAGUUUUUACAUUUGAGGACAGAGAGAAACAGGAGUCACUGUCAGUCACCAUCCCUGAGGUUCUCGAUCCACAGUAUGGCAUGUACGUGUGGCCCUGUGCUGUGGUGCUGGCUCAGUAUUUAUGGACAAAGAGAGAAGAGCUGAAAGAUAAAACCGUGCUCGAGCUGGGUGCAGGUGUGAGUCUUCCAGGUGUGCUGGCUGUGAAGUGUGGAGCGAGGGUGAUCCUGUCAGACAACGCUCAGACGCCGCAGUGUCUGCAGAACUGUCGGCGCAGCUGUGAAGCCAACGGCCUCUGUGAUGUGGAGGUGUUGGGUCUCACCUGGGGGGAGGUCUCUCCUGAUCUGGUUCUGCUCCCGAAGAUGGACAUCAUCUUGGGUUCGGACGUUUUCUAUGAGCCACAAGAUUUUGAAGACGUCCUUGUUACUGUUGCUUUUCUGUUGAGGAGAAACCCCUCAGCUCAGUUCUGGACCACGUACCAGGAAAGAAGUGCUGAUUGGUCGAUCGAAGCGUUGCUCCACAGGUGGAAUCUAAACUGCGUCGACGUCCCACUAGAAACUUUUGAUGCUGAUAAACCGGAGCUGGCCAGAUCAAAACUACCAGGAAACCACAGCGUGCUCAUGAUGAUCAUCACGCUGAAGACAGACGAUGUUUGACUGGAGCUGGAGCGGUUAAUUUAUCAUGAAAGGAGGAGAAAUCUGCCAAAAGUGUCAAACUUUUAACCUAAACUCUUUAGGAACAUUGUGACAAAUAUUUAAAAUGAUUCAGAAACAUGAUGUGGAGGAUUUGCACCAGCCUUCAUGUGCUGUAAUGCUAUUUUUGGCCUGUAGGUGGAAGCAAACAGUUGAAAAUUAACCAGGUUUCACUGACCAUGACAAGAAUGUUUUAAAUGUAAAUAAAGUAGAUUUUCUAGGUUUA